AUUGUUCAUUUGGGUUGAGCCUGGUGAAUUAUAAUUGUGCUACAUUUCUAGUUCUAUGUAUGCUAUUUAAAAGUUACUGUUUAAAACAACAAGCUCCUGUGGUUAUGUCCGUUAAUUUUACUUAAGUUACUGCAUGGCAUCUUCUAUUGUAACCUAAGCAAAGGGGUCAUGGACAGUGACAUCAACAUCCGUGUGCUCCGGCAGUGCUUGGCUGAAGCAGGACAAAGCCACCUUCUUCACUUCUGGGAAGAGCUAAAUGAACUAGAACAACAAGAGCUAUAUAAAGAAUUGAAGGCCAUGGACCUCAAGGAGCUGGACCAGGCUUUCAAGAAAGCCAUGAUAGAUAGCAGCCAUCUACCAGGGCAAGAGAGCAUGGAUACAAAGUUGGAACCUGUGCCACGUGAGGUCCUCGGGAGUGCCACACGGGACCAAGUGCAACUGCCAGUCUGGGAGGACGAAGGUCUCCAACAGAUUUCUCAGAGCAAAGUUGCUGUUCUUCUCUUAGCUGGUGGACAAGGGACAAGGCUUGGUGUCUCGUAUCCCAAAGGAAUGUAUGAUGUAGGGUUACUGUCCCAUAAAACUCUGUUCCAGAUCCAAGCAGAGCGUAUUUUAAAACUGCAGCAGCUAGCUGAAAAGCAACAUGGUCUCAAAUGUGUUAUUCCAUGGUAUAUAAUGACCAGUGGCAGGACAAUAGAAUUGACUAAAGAAUUUUUUCUAAAGCACAAAUAUUUUGGUUUGAAGAAGGAGAAUGUGAUCUUCUUCAAACAAGGGAUGCUGCCUGCUAUGGACUUCAGUGGGAAAAUUCUCCUGGAAGAAAAGGGCAAAGUUUCUAUGGCCCCAGAUGGCAAUGGGGGUCUGUACCGAGCUUUGGGAGCUCACCAUAUUAUAGAGGACAUGGAGCAACGAGGAAUUGGCAGCAUACAUGUCUACUGUGUUGACAAUAUUUUGGUAAAAGUAGCUGACCCUCGAUUCAUUGGUUUUUGUAUACAGAAAGGAGCAGACUGUGGAGCAAAGGUUGUUGAAAAAACUAACCCGACCGAACCGGUUGGAGUGGUGUGCCAAGUAGAUGGUGUUUACAGAGUGGUGGAGUACAGCGAGAUUUCUCUGGCCACAGCCCAGAAAAGAUGUCCUGAUGGCCGAUUACUUUUUAAUGCUGGCAACAUUGCCAAUCACUAUUUCACAAUGGAGUUUCUGAAAAACAUUGUCAAUGUUUAUGAACCUCAGUUGCAACAUCACAUAGCCCAGAAGAAAGUCUCAUAUGUAGAUGUGACCACUGGGAAGGCUCUGAAGCCUGACAAACCAAAUGGGAUUAAAAUGGAGAAAUUUGUAUUUGACGUCUUCCAGUUUGCUAAGAACUUUGUGGUCUAUGAAGUGCUGCGAGAAGAUGAAUUCUCCCCUUUGAAGAAUGCAGAUAGCCAAAAUGGCAAGGACAACCCCACCACUGCGAGACACUCCUUGAUGUCACUGCAUCACUGUUGGGUUCUCAAUGCCAGUGGUCACUUUGUGGAUGAAAAUGGAACACGCCUACCAGCUAUUCCCCGCUACACAAAUGGAAGGUCAGAUGUGAUCCAAGCUGAUGUCAAUCACAAUUUGAAGGAUGCAAAUGACUUGCCAAUUCAGUGUGAGAUUUCUCCUCUUGUCUCCUAUGGGGGUGAAGGAUUGGUAGAGUUGGUCAAAGACAAAGAAUUCCACGCUCCUUUGAUUAUUGACCAAAGUGGGAUCCAUGAGCUGGUAAAGAAUGGUAUCUGAGGUGCCCAUGAGAGAUCAUCUUUCUAGUCCAGAAUCUUACGAUCCUUUCUUGUUCGACUGAAUAUUUAAACAAAAGUUUCACUAUCAUCUUGAAGAAUUUUCACUCAAAUUGAGUUUCCUUAAAAAUCAGUAGUAAGCUGCAAAUAAGAAGAAAUGCAAUAUGGCUUCAUCUUGAAAUCUUGGAGAUAACUAUUUAUAUACAUUUUAAUUGUUACUGGUUCAAAUUGCAGAGCCUAGUCCUUCACAUGCUGCUGUGCUUGAAGACAUCAGCAUUUUCUAUCAAAUCCUUUAUUAUACCUGCAAAUAGUCUUAAUGGUACGAAGGUUGAGACACUUAUAUGAACUCUUACUUUUUUUCAACAUUUUUAAGUUUGUUUUUUGCAUUUGGUGCCCAUACUUUAUGAAUGAUUAUAACUUGCUGGGAUUGCACAACUGAAAGACUAGAAAAAUAAUACAACUGAAUUAAAUUGUUUUUCCUAA